AAGAAGGAAAAGUUGCGUGAGAGCAAGCCAUGGCCUUCGCUGACACAGCAGCGCGGAGGCUCCUGCGCGGCGCAGGCGGCGGUGUGGCUCAGGGAAUCGCCGCCGACGCCGUCGGCAUGAGCUUCGGCCUCGACGGCCUGUGGCAGCUCAUCGCCGGCCUGUUCGCGGGCGUGGCUCACCUGCUCGUCCUGCCGUUCGAGGUGCUCGGGCACUGGCUGGCCGCCGCGGCCCAUCUCCUCGUCCUGCCGUUCGAGGCGCUCUGGCACUUGCUGCAAUCCGUCGCCGCCGGCGUUAGCUCCUGCUUUGCCAGCCUCUUCGCCGCGCUUGGGAGCGCGGCCCACGCUCUGGUGGUGCCGUUCGAGGCGCUCUGGCACCUGCUGCAGUCCGCCGCGGCUGGCGUCGGCUUCUUCUUCGGAAACCUCGUCGCGGCGAUCUGGAGCGUGCCCCAUGCUCUGGCGGUGCCGUUCCUGGCGCUCUGGCACUUGCUGCAGUCCGCCGCCGCCGGUAUAAGCUUCUGCUUCGGCAAACUCGUCGCCGCUGUCGGUAGCGCAGGCCACGCUCUGGUCGUUCCAUUUGAGGCGGUUUGGCAGUGGCUUCAGGCCGCCCCAGCAGCCAUCAGUUUCGGCGUCCACGGUCUGGGGCAGUUUAUACAAGGCUGCUUCGACAACCUCGUCGCUGCGCUCGGCAGCGCUGCCCACGCUCUGGUGGUGCCGUUUGAAGCUGUUUGGCAGUGGCUUCAGGCCGCCGCCACAAGCAUCGGUUCAAGCUUCGACGGUUUGUGGGAGCACAUGCAAGGCAUCUUCGCCAACCUUCCCGCCGCGCUCGCCAGCACUGCCCACGCUCUGGCCGUGCCGUUUGAAGCGCUCUGGCGGUGGCUCGAGGACGCCACCACAAGCAUUGGUGCCGGCUUCGACGGUUUGUGGGAGCACAUGCAGGGCAUCCUCGCCAACCUCCCCGCCGCGCUCGCCAGCGCCGCCCACAACCUCGUCCUGCCGUUUCAGGCCUUCUGGCGGUGGAUACACAACACCGUCGCCGGUGGGUGGGACGGCGUUUGGCCGCUCAUCCAGCGCUUUGUCGCGACGGCCGCGAGUACGGCCCGCGAGCUCGUCCCGGCAUUUGAGGCGUUGUGGCGGUGGCUCAAGGACGCCGCCGCCGUCGCGCUCCCAGUCGUGCUGGCCAUCGCCGCGGUCGUUUGCGUCGCGGCCAUAGUCUGGUUCUUCUGGCCAGUCCUGUGCGUCGUCGCCAUGGUGGCCGGCGUGCUGGUCGCGCAAGCGCUCCUCGUGGUCGGCGUGCUGGCCGCGCAAGCGCUCGUCGUCGUCAUCUGCAUCUGCGGGCGUUGCUUGUUCGUCGUCGCCAUCGGGAUCGGAAGCGCGCUCGCCUACCUGCUCCCCGUCUGCGGGCAGUACUUGGCCAGCGCUACCAUGGCUGCCCCAGGCGUCGCCGGAGUGAUGAUAUCACGCGCGGCGUUCAAGGCGGAACCGCGGAUGUACUUCCAGAUCCUCAGUUUGGCCGGCCCCCUCGUCGCCGCUGCUGUCUUCUCCACCAGCCCGCUCCCCUGGGCAGUGGGACUGUCGGUCGUCGCCCUUUUUAGCCGGCGAUUUUCAGGCGGCCAAGAACCCACCAGCCCGCUCCCCUGGGCAGUGUGGACUCCCGAGGAAGGUCAGAUGGGGAUCCACGACGAUGAUCAGAUGUGGACUCAUGAACAUGAAGAAGAUCAACCUGUUAUCGUAGAGUAACUUCUGUCCGUUACAGACAGGUGAGUCUUGUGGUAGUAAAACUUUCUUUUUGCGUUUGCACUCGAGAAGACCAUUGUCAUUCUGCCUGAGGAGACCUUUGUAAUUUGUGCGUACUUUGUCUUGCUUGGCUGCUUGAUGUAUGCUUUCCGAAUCCAAUUUCUAUGGAUCAUGUGUCAACUUAUGCCAUGAUAAUCUCUUGCUCAAA